AUCUCCCACCUCCACCCAUUCCACCUCCAGCAGUGCUUAAGUCCCCUACACACCCCUCCAAGGCGGCCCUGGAGGGCCGGGGAGUAAUUUCCCCCAAAGCAGGUGAGGGUCGAGACAAGAGAGGAGGAACGGGAGGCUAUCGGCCCCGGGAGGGCUCAGACACCAGAACCAGCUCGUCUGAACGCAAAGACGCUCAGGACAGACAAAAGACAGCUCAUGGAGGGAAAGGGAAUAAACAUGAGAGUAGCACUGCCAACAAGGCGCGCCAGCACGCAGGUUCAGAGGACAUUCUGCCCUAUAGCCGACCACAGUUCCCCACAGUCAACAGCCCUCGAGACCCAAGCUCCUCCAGCUCCAUGUCCUCCAGGGGCUCAGGGGGCCGGCGGAGAGGAGAAGGAGGCCGCAGGAACCCUGCAGACUUGGGCCUCAACACCUCUGGAGCCUUCCAACCAGGAGAUGAAGAGCUAGAGAUGGUAGAAAGCUGAAGAACCCGAGGAGGAAAAGGAGGAACUGUUGUGAUUUUUCCGAGAGUGGAGCAACAUUGUUUCUCUUACGAUUUUAAAUAUCUCAGUAUUUCACCAUCAUGUUGGCUGCCAUCAUACUGUACAUCAGUAGUGUUUCUUUACAUCUGGAAAACAGACCAAUGGUUUUUUUUCUAACUUAUCAUUUUCUAUGUCCAUUUAAAAGAAGAAAAAAAAAAAAAAAAGGAAAGAGUGUCUGAAGAUAAAAGAAUGGUGCAUUCAAAACUAAAUACGCAGUAGUAUAUUUAUGUUUAAUUCCAAUGCAAUAUGGAGUGAAAUCCUGCUCCAGACAUUGACAUGACUCAGCUUGCCUUGACAAGAACUUUGGAGAGCCCGUACAGUGAGACGUUACUGUCAUAAAAUAGCUGCAAGCAGAGAGGGGGGUGGACUGUCUGUAAAUAUACGUGUAUACAUGAUGUCUUCUUGUUUUACCCAUUGUGGUACCUCAAAAUUGUCUUCCUUGUUUUAUUUUGCGAAUUCUAAUUUUAUUAUGCCAGUAAAUAUAAUUAUUUUAUCAUUUCCAUCCAUGUUGUAAAUUGCUAUAUUAUUUAGCUGCCCCAAGAAAGUGCCACUUUGGGAUUUUUCUUUUCUUUUUUUUGUUUUUUUUUGUUUUUUUGUAAUGCACUGUUAUGUUUCGUGUUGUCAUCAAUGUUUGUUAUUUGUUUUACUUUGGUUUUAAAAGCACAAUCACUAAACUUUAUUUUAAACCAUUCUAUCUAUUAACCUUUUUGUCUUACUGGAGGAAAACAGGUAUGACAAAAGAGUCUAGUUAAUCCUGAUGAUGAUGAUGAUGAUGAUGAUGAUGAUGUAGGUAAAGGUUGCUGUUUACGAAGGCUGUGCUUGAAAGGAGACUCCUUGUGUUGUGAUUGUCUCCCUCUCCGGUUCUGACGCAAGCUCAAGUGAUGAAAAAAAGACAGUUAAUGUGAGUCAUAGCUGCAAUGUAAAUAUCUUUUCGCAUUGACCAUAAACUCAGCUAUUGCACAUUAAUCGAAAUGGUAAUGUCGUCUACGAAUGCACUUAAAUGAAUGUCAAAUACAGGAAAUAACGUCACUUUGGGAAUCUGGAGAGGUUGUGAUUGGACAAGAAGGGUCUCUUUUCUUGAAAGGGCUGAUGGAGCCCUGUUUUAAAGGAGAAAGGGUGCUGUUGUUUAUUCAUAGGACAUCUGCAAACAUUUGUUUCGUAAAGCAAAAAAGUAAAAAGAACUAAAAAAAAAAAAAAGAUGAAUAAAAAAGUUCAAACUAUAAA